AAAAAGACUGAAAAAAAAAUUCAAAUUAAUAUGCACAAAGUUUUCCAGAUUUCUGGCAAAAGGUUGCAUAGAUGGUGCAUUCAGUCGAAGACAAAAGCAAUGUGGUUCAACUGCCAGAAGGAGUAACGCCAUUUAUUCAUAUUACUCAAAAUGUAUUUUUAAGACGAAAACAUAAGAAACUGAAAGAAGAUGAUAUUGCUAUUUGUCAAUGCAAGUAUGAUACUAGCAAUCCUAAAAGUGCGUGUGUGGAUAGAUGUUUGAAUGUACUAACCAACACUGAAUGUACACCGGGAUACUGUCAGUGUGGUGAUAGUUGCAAUAAUCAGAUGUUCCAGCAACGUGAAUAUGCAAAAACUAAGUUGUUCAGGACUAACGAACGUGGUUGGGGUCUUUUAGCUGAUGAGAAUAUAAAGGCAGGACAGUUCAUCAUUGAGUACUGCGGAGAAGUGAUAUCUUCUGAAGCAGCAAAAAAACGAUCUUAUGUUUAUGAAGCUCAUGAGGUCAAGGAAACGUACAUGAUUUCUCUAGAUACUAAUUAUGUCAUUGACUCAACGCGAAAGGGAAACUUUUCAAGAUUCUUAAAUCAUUCAUGUCGACCAAAUUGUGAAACGAGGAAAUGGACUGUGUUAGGGGAAACAAGAUUAGGAAUAUUUGCGAUGAAGGAUAUAUCUGUUGGAAAGGAGUUGACAAUUAAUUAUUAUUUUGAGUGGUACGCGGGUGCAACUGUUCGUUGUCUGUGUGGAGCUGCAAACUGUUGUAUUUUUUUGGGUGCCAAGUCUCAACGAUUCAAAGAGUACAAUCAUGUCUGGAAAGACGGGAAUGACAGAUAUAAGGUGGAACAAAGUAAUAAGUCACAUAAGAAUUAUAAUAUUGGAUCUGGCUCAACAACGAAGAUGAAGUCUCAACGCAUUCCCAAGUGGAAGAAGUUACGGAACAUAUACCCAAACGAAAGCUCAAAUCUUCUAGUCGUAAGCAAGUCAUCAAAGGAAGCACGAGAAGAAGUUACCAACUACGAGGGGAUAUAAAAACAAAGUCACUCUGAAGCUCAACUCUGUAUAUGAAGAAACUCGCCCUACCAAUUGAAGAGCAUGGGCGGGACAACCAGGAUACUGUGCCCACCAAUGAAUCAAAUCAAACUGCUAUAACUCGAAAAUAAGAUAAUUUUAUAAUAAAAACUCAUCAUACUAUUACAGUAAUAAUAACGCUAGUUACUAUGCGUCAAUCUCAAGCAAGUUUUGAUUGACUAUGAGUUUUCAGUAUCCAUAUCGUGAUUCCAUUUAAACCUUGUUAUAACAUGUGUACUUUCCUUGUAAUACAA